CGCCUCCAAACACCUCUCAAGAACAAUGCGCACGAGACGUUUCACCAAGACAUAGGAGACUGGAUAUCCCCUCCCGAGCAUCCCCACGGAGCCGAAAUCAAUGAAAUCAUGCACCUUUUAGAGGGCGAAAUGGCGCUGUAUGAGAUGCGAGAAAUGUACGAAGAAGCAGCUUGCAGGAGAUUGCAGGCGCGGUACAAUGCAAGGAUUUGUCGGCAGCGGCGAGAAGUGCUGCGGAUUAAGUUGGGGAUGGAAGAGCGGCGUAAGCGGGAGGGUGCGAGUUAGGAAGCAUGGAGGUGUAGUUGGUUCAGCUCAGACUUUGCCGUUGGCAUUAUUUCCGACUGUGCUUGGCAUGGCGGUAAUGAUGCUCGACAGUGUCUUUGUAUCCUGGGAUGAGGAUGGGUAGAUACGAGUCAUGAACCCCGAUCACAACAGUAAUCAGCGAUACCGAGUAAACGUCUCAGCGUCUUACAUAUCGGACUCUGCUCUUCUCCUACACACAUUAGCAGCCAUGA